GCCAACUGUAGCGUCAACUUCAUGUCUUUUUGCUUCUGCUGCAACAAUCAGUGAAAUCAACGACAAAAUCUCAGCAUGUUGGUAGGAUAAAACUCGCAUAAUGUGUUCUCCAGUUCAAUAUAUAAUCAGAAAAGUUGUCGAAAUGGGCAAGUUGUGCACAUCAAGACCAACUGUCAGAAGGCAGUUAGCUUACGCUAGAUUUUGUUGCACUGGUGUCAAAUCAGGAUUAAAGAAAUUUUCGCAAGAUAAAAUGGCGAUGACUUUUGCUUUUGUGGCUUUAAUGAGCUGCUUGGCAACAUUCACAUAUGUCGUCAUGACGUCUGGAGACGGCAACGAAGUGUUAGGUUCAGUACAAAGAACAGUUCUUGAAUAUGAAACUACGAAAUAUCAAAUAAACAACCAAUAAAGAGUACAGAGUUAUCAGAGAACACCAGUGAAGAUUACAGAGUUAUCAGAAGAACAACCGGUAAAGACUGACCAAGAAACUGACACAUCGCAGGCAGCUAAAACAAGAAAAAGAAUUUUUCUACAAUCACCAAUGGGGAGAAAAAUACAGGGCAUUUUUGUCAGACUUCAGCAUGAGAAAGAGAACAUGACAAGUAUUGUCCAUGAAAUGGGGCUCGACAAAUCUGUGCUGGAUAGAUCUAUAGUCAAUUGGGGUAAUGUCAUUAGGUUAAAAAGGGCCUUUAGGGAGGUGAUUGAGACGGGCAGAGUUCUAAAAAUAGGUAUUAUGGGCGGAUCAGUAUCUGCUGUUAAUGUUUACCCACGUCUUUUGGAAAAAGCGUUGAAACGAAUCUUGGAUUCGGAUGUUAGUAUCUAUAACGGGGCUAUCGGGGCGACUGACAGUCAGUACUACGCCUACUGUAUGAGAAAUCACUUAGACACUCAAAAUCUUGAUAUCAUUAUAUGGGAGUUAGCAGUCAAUGAUUUCCUGAAAGGAGUCAGUCCCUCAGGACAAGAAGAAAUUACACGUCAAGUCAUAGAGUUGCCAAACAAGCCGCAGUUGCUUUACGUCAAUUUUCUGUUUGGUAAACAAAUUGCUAAAAAAUCAUGCAAUAACAGUGAAGAUACUGGUGGUCGUGAACUAAGCAUGUACUAUGCUGUACCUUCGAUCAGCCUCAGUAAAGCUGCCUGUAGAAGAAUAAAGGCUGGAAAAGCAGAUGACUUGCUUGGCGGAGUUAACAAAAACCAUCUCUCAUCGAA